CCAAUGCUUUUCCAGCUCCACUCUACAGACAGAACUUAUGUCUUUAGUGUCAAUCUAAUUUUUCUUCACUACAAAUUUUUAGGAAAAGCCGGGACAAAGCGUUGACCCAGUGAGCUGCUUUUCCCAAGGAACUAAGCUGUAACUCCAUUUCCGCUUCCGUUUACUUCUGCGUUUCCUGUUUCCCUCGCCCGACUCUUCAUCAAGAUGUCGGACUUAAGUGACCUGGACCGCCAGAUCGAGCAAUUGAGGCGCUGUGAGAUAAUCAAGGAGAGUGCGGUGCGGGCUUUGUGUGCCAAGGCUCGUGAGAUUCUGAUAGAGGAGGGCAAUGUGCAAGUUGUGGACUCGCCCGUGACCAUUUGCGGUGACAUCCAUGGCCAGUUCUUUGAUGUGAAGCACCUGUUCAAGAUUUCUGGCGAUAUACCCGAGAAGAAUUACCUCUUCCUGGGUGACUUUGUGGAUCGCGGUUAUCACAGUGUGGAGACAUUUCUGCUGCUGUUGGCGUUGAAGGUACGCUAUCCGGACCGCAUCACCUUGAUCCGUGGUAAUCACGAAUCACGCGCCAUUACCCAAGUGUAUGGAUUCUACGAUGAGUGCAUGAGAAAAUACGGCUCCCCGGGUGUGUGGCGCAGCUGUAUGGAUAUCUUUGACUACCUCAGCCUGGCGGCCAUCAUUGAUGGCAAGAUAUUCUGCGUGCAUGGCGGCCUGUCGCCGUCCAUCCAGAAACUGGACGAGAUCCGUGCCAUCGAUCGCAAGCAGGAGGUGCCCCACGAUGGACCCAUGUGUGAUCUGCUGUGGAGUGAUCCGGAUAAUCGGAAAGGCUGGGGUGUCUCACCGCGCGGUGCUGGCUAUCUGUUUGGUCCCGACGUUGUCGCCGAAUUCAAUCGUACAAAUAAUCUGGAUAUGAUAUGCCGUGCCCAUCAACUGGUGAUGGAGGGAUUUAAGUGGCAUUUCAAUGAAACCGUUCUGACCGUGUGGUCAGCACCCAACUAUUGCUAUCGCUGUGGCAAUACGGCUGCCAUUUUGGAACUGAACGAGUAUCUGCAGCGUAACUUUAUCAUCUUCGAUGCAGCUCCACAGGACACACGUCCCAAAUACUUGAAGAAGCCCCUGGCGGAGUACUUCCUCUAAGGCGAGUCCUUAAGAGGUAACUCACUACAACAUAAACCUACUAGGAGAAGCACUGCACUUAAACUUAAUAUUAAAUA